AGCAAAAGGCUAGGGGGAAAAGAAAAACCUCUGUUUGUAGACAAAAGGAGCGCCUCAGAACAGGCGUUGAUCUCACCCUGACACAGACACACACUAGCUGUAUCUAUAUCUCCGCGACUUUAUUCUCUUGAUCCCAUCUUCAGUCUGUGUGAAUAUCAUGACGGAGUCGCAAAAACUAUACACACGGAUGCGUCUUUGGGAGUUUCCAGAUCAGUACGUGAUUGAACCUACCGACGCUACUCCCGGUCCCUGUUUAUCCAUUAGUCGUGUCGAUGCUUCCCUCAACUUGAUCGAGGAGGUUACACGUAGUGAUGUUUCGGAAACAUUCACGAUUUUUGGAAUUGCUGGGAUGCUAAAGCUUUUCGCAGGUUCGUAUCUGAUAGCUAUUACAGAAUGCGAAUGUGUUGGAUCUUACUUGGGGCAUCCUUUCUAUAAGGUUACUUCCCUCAAGGUAUUUCCAUGUGACCAUUCGCUCAAGAAUUCUCCUGCAGAACAGAAAAAGAUGGAAACUGAGUUCUCUGCCCUACUAAAAGUGGCAGAGAAGACUCCUGGUUUAUAUUUCUCUUAUCACGUCAACAUAACUUUGAGUGCGCAACGGCUGCAUGAGUUGAGUGAUGAAACCCGACUUCUUCCUUUGUGGAGACAGCGAAAUGUUUUGCCUCAGGCAGAGCCUCGGUUUUUAUGGAACAACUAUAUGCUGGAAGUGCUUAUAGAUAACAAGCUUGAUCCAUUUUCACUUCCUAUAAUCCAAGGGAGUUUUCAAAGUUUUCAAGCGGCAAUUGGGAAAAAUGUUAUUGAUGUUACCCUCAUUGCUAGGAGAUGUACUCGAAGAUCUGGGACUCGGAUGUGGAGAAGAGGAGCUGAUUCUGAUGGGUACGUUGCUAAUUAUGUAGAGUCUGAGCAAAUCAUAACUUCAAAUGGAUAUACAGCAUCUUUUGUGCAGGUUAGAGGAUCAAUUCCUUUAAUCUGGGAUCAGAUUGUUAACCUAACGUACAAGCCCAAGUUUGAGAUCUUGAGACUUGAGGACGCACCUCGAGUCAUCGAGAGGCACUUUUUGGAUAUAAGGAAAAGAUAUGGGAAUGUUUUAGCUGUUGAUCUUGUCAACAAGCAUGGUGGGGAGGGUCGCUUGAGUGAAAAGUUCGCAGAUGCAAUGCAACAUAUUUCUGGUGAUGAUGUCAGAUACUUGCACUUUGAUUUCCAUCAGAUUUGCGGGCAUGUCCAUUUCGAGCGCCUUUCAAUCCUCUAUGAGCAAAUUGAGGAUUUUCUAGUUAAAAAUAGGUACCUUCUUUUAAAUGAAAAAGGAGAGAAGGUUGAAGUGCAAACUGGAGUUGUCAGAUCCAAUUGUAUUGAUUGCUUAGAUCGAACAAAUGUAACACAGAGCAUGAUUGGCCGAAAGAUGUUAGAGUCCCAACUUAGAAGGCUUGGCCUGUUUGAUGCUGAAGAGACUAUCAACAGUCAUCCAAAUUUUGAUGACAGUUUUAAAAUAUUAUGGGCUAAUCAUGGAGAUGAAAUAAGCAUUCAGUAUUCUGGCACUCCAGCAUUGAAAGGAGACUUUGUCAGACGUGGCAAGCGGACAUUCCAAGGAAUUCUUAAUGACGGGCGGAAUUCUCUCAUGCGUUAUUACCUGAACAACUUUUGUGAUGGUACAAAACAGGAUGCAAUUGAUUUACUACAAGGACAUUAUAUUGUUUCUGCCAGCCGGGAUAUGAUGCCAACAUCUCAAAAAGGAGGCAUAGAGGCUAUAGCUUCAUUUCGGUUGGCCAUGGCACUUGUGAUGACAGGGUUGUUUUUUACAAUGAUGUCAUUGAGGCGUGGCCACUAUGAUUUCUGGAAUGUACUCUCUUCAAUUAUGUGGGCAAGCAUGAGCCUGGCAGUAGCAAUUGUAGUGAAGGCCAAUGGUCGGGUUUUCUGUAACCGUCCUAGUCUGCAUAAGCCUCCGCGCUAACACAUCAGCAUUGGCUGCUUCAUAUAUCCUCCAAAUUUCAAUCGGAAUUUAAUCCAGGUUGAUAUGGAUUUUUUUGUUUUAUCUUUUGCUGGGAAAUCGAGUAUCUUUGAUUCAGUGUUUCUUAAUUUGAGGUCAAGUACCCUGCAGUUUGGCUGGCUCCUACGAGAUCAGCUUUUGCCCAAAUGGUUAAUUCAGUGUAAUAUAGAGAUGAAUGAAUAUUAAAAUUUAGACUAUCAGACUUGAGAGAUAAGAAAUGUUAACUUAUAGAAUGUAUCCGUUACAGGCAGGAAAUACCACGUUUAUUCCUUUGUAUGGUCCAGCUCCAGUUGAUGUUUAAAAUACAUUUGGAUAUAUAUAAACUUGGGUAAAUUAUUGUGAAA